GUCACUAGCUCUGUGUGAGCAGUAAAGUAAAUGGAGCUGCGCUUGGGAAACGCCGCGUGUCUUAUGUUGGAAAUACAACUACAGAAAAUGGCGCUGGUGAGAUGGCUGCCUGUGGCCAUGCAACUCUUUUUGUUCAUGGUGUGCAAAGCACACUACCACAGCGACACUUACCUUGAGUGCAAUAAUGUAGUGGAGUACAGCGCAAGAGAUCAUCUGCUCAGAAGUGGCCCUGAAACGAUCCAAGUUAUUGAUACCCAAGCAGCAGAGCACAUGCAGAAACAUCACCUGGAGAUCCUCUUUAACCGAUAUGGGGAGAACGGCAGCAUAUCUAUUGAAGGUUUGAAAAAACUUCUGGAGAGCAUAGGGUUAGACAGGAUGAAAAAGAUGCGGGUUCGGGAUGGGCAAUUUGAGCACAAGCACGAGCAUGAUCGUGAGGAUCAUCAUCAGCAAGGUCAUAAGCACCAUCCGCACCACCACCCACACCUCCAUCACCACACCUACCAGCACGAAAUACCGGCCAGCAAAAAAGCUUCAGAAAACUCCAAAAUUAUAACGAACAACUUAACAGCAAGCAAGAAAACUGAAGAUUCCAACAGCCACCACAACCUUUAUGCCAAGAAAGUGAUUAAUGAAAUCAGCACCACUGCUGUGUACACCACCAACAUUUUUUUGAAGUCCAGUGAGAUGCGGGAUAGAAGAAGCGUAGACCAUCCUAGCGAAGCAGCACGGCUUUCCACAACUGCUGGGACCGGCUUUGCCAAACGUGAUGUCCUGGAGACCACACAUCAUAGUCCAGUUAGCAAUUUGUUAGUUCCAGGGGAACACAGUGAGCCUGCUCAAGUUGGGAAAGAUAAGUCCAUGCACACAGAUGAUCAUGAUCACCAUGAACACCUUGAAAAAGAGUGUUUUAAUGCCUCUAGGAUACUGUCAUCUCAUGGGAUGAAUAUGGAAGCAGUUCUUACGUAUGUGGAGUUCAGUUACCUCUGCCCAGCACUUCUAAACCAGAUUGACAGCAAGUCCUGCAUACAACACACAGCUUAUCUCCGGAAACCAGAUGGUCAUUCACAUGAUGAUUAUGAAGCUUAUCACACAAAUUCAGACACUUCUCAAAAAGUGAAUUCAAUUGAAGCAGCUUGGAUUGGAGGCUUUUUGUCGAUCACAAUUAUAAGCCUGUUGUCGCUUCUGGGAGUGAUUUUGAUCCCUCUGAUGAAUCGAGUGUUUUUCAAAUUCCUGCUAAGUUUCUUGGUGGCGCUGGCAGUGGGAACUUUGAGUGGAGAUGCUUUCCUGCAUCUUAUUCCUCAUUCACAAGGAUCACAUAAUCACAACCACAGCGCUCACCCAGGGAAUGCCAGUGAUCAUCACCAGCAUUUUGCUGAGGGAGAAGGAGAGGAAGGGAGUCACGACUCUGUGUGGAAAGGCCUAACUGCCCUUGGAGGGGUCUACUUCAUGUUUCUAAUAGAGCAUUUCAUCACAUUAGGAAAGAUGUAUAAGGACAAGAAACAGAAGAAUCAGAAGAAAUGGGAUCACACUGAAGAGAGUCUGGGUGUUGAUGACAAGCAACCAUCUAAAGAAGAGUGUCAAGAUACAAAACAAAAUAAUGAUCUAGAGGGUACAAUAGAGAGCAAUAUGAAAGACCUGUCCCAGUUUGCCCCUCAGCAGCCACCAGAUACCCCAGAAGAAGAGGAGGUUAUGUUGACCCCUGUGCUGGCCCAGGAUGGCUAUAACGAGUACACAGCCCAAGGCUGUGAGAACAAGUGCCACUCUCACUUCCACGACACCAUUGGCCAGGCGGACGAUCUGCAUCAUCACCACCACGACUAUCACCACAUCCUGCACCACCACCAUUCCCAGAACCACCACCCCCACAGCCACAGCCACCACUACUCCCGGGAGCAGUUCAAAGGGGCAGGCAUAGCCACCCUGGCCUGGAUGGUGAUCAUGGGGGAUGGGCUGCACAAUUUCAGUGACGGUCUGGCCAUAGGGGCUGCUUUCACAGAAGGGAUAUCAAGUGGACUGAGCACAUCUGUUGCGGUUUUCUGUCAUGAGUUGCCUCAUGAGCUGGGGGAUUUUGCUGUGCUCCUCAAAGCUGGCAUGACAGUAAAGCAGGCCAUUCUGUACAACAUGCUUUCAGCAAUGAUGGCAUACCUGGGCAUGAUAACUGGGAUACUCAUCGGCCAUUAUGCUGAAAAUAUAUCUAUGUGGAUAUUUGCCUUAACAGCUGGGUUGUUUAUGUAUGUGGCUCUGGUGGAUAUGGUGCCUGAAAUGCUGCAUAAUGAUGCUGGCGAUCAUGGCUUUAGCCACUGUGGCUACUUCCUGUUGCAGAAUGCUGGAAUUCUACUGGGGUUCAGCAUCAUGCUUGUCAUUGCCAUAUUUGAAGACAAAAUUUUGUUGGACAUUAAACUGUGAUGCAGUACAUUUAGUCCUGUUACUCCAAAGCCAUUGUUACACAAGCCAAUAACAGUAGAACUUCUGAUGAUUAUAUUUAUUUCUACCUUGAAUGCCUUUUUUAUAAGGGAUUUUUGUAUUGUCUUUUGUGUUGCUAACUGUAAAGUGACUAUUUUCAUAUUGUUAAAAAUACUGCAGAAUAGUCUUCGUAUUCAUAUUACUUUCUCUACUGUGUUAUAAUGAAAUUUGCUCUUUGCUUUUAAAUGUAUGUUGGGUGGUGUAAUGUAUUAGUUAAUACUCACCAGUAGACUUGUUUCACAAGCAGUUAUACAUUGUGUUACUUGAGUGUUUGUGCUGUGUUUUUUUGUUGUUGUUUUGCAACGUGGUAGUGAAGGCUAAUGCUCAGCCUAGAAGUGUGUUCUUUUGUUUAAACCUUUUAUGUUUCCUCUCGUGUGGUGUUUUGUUUGUUUUUGUGUUUAAUAAACGCGCAUGAGCUUAAACUGCA